GAGGGUGAAUGAGCAAGAGACAGUCUCUCUCUCUCUUUGUGUGUGUGUGUGUGUUUGAGAGAGAGAGAUGUCAGUGUGCUAUGGAAACAAAGUGUCUAACUGCACAGAGAGAGAGACAGAAUGGGAGCUGAGAGCAUGUGGAGAGGCAGUGCAGAGGAACAGCUUUCAGCAGCUCAGACAUCAGAGGAUGCUGAUAGACAGCAUCUGAUGCUACACACCUGCUGAUGGGCAGGAGGAGACAGAAAAUACAAGAUUCUCACGCUCCAGAGGACCGGCAGAGAGAGAAGAUCGCAUCUUCAGCCUACCUUCAUCAUCACCGUGACUGGAAUGGGAGGAGAGGACCAUUUCUGCAGCUACAGACAGACGGGCACAGAAAAUGGGGGCAUAAUGUAUCCGGAGGAGAAGCUUCUGCAUGAACAUUGUGGUUUUGCUGCACUCUGCAAUGACUGUGAGACUCUAUCAACCUGACAACAUGAGCCCAGGAGCCAGUCACCACCAUCUAUAAGUGGAAACUCAACAUAAUUCCAUCUGCCAGAACUGAUGGAGUAUUUUGAAUGUUCUGUGCUUCCAAAUUGACCGACCUUGCUUUUGAUCGUAUCAACUGUAAGUACUAUAGUCUACAACAAAUGGGCGCAAAGAAGUAUGUUUAUGCAUGCAUGAAAACCGAAUGACAUGCAGGGACUUACUAAGAAUCCAAUUAUGGUACUGUAAGUGCAUUGAGAGAAAUUGCUGUUUUUCUGUUGCUCAAUGGACGUCACAAUAAGAAAAAUUGCUGGCAAGCAAAAAUACAAGAGAUGCAGGAAAAUCACAGAGAUCUGGACUGUGAGAGAAGGGAACAAUGGAUAUUUUCUACUUUUUUGGAUGAUGGGUUUUAAGAACAUAUAUAUCUACAUGUAUACAUGAAAUGCGGUCUUUCAUGGAUAAAUGAAUGGGAAAAUGUAUACUACUGCAGAACUCCCUGUGAGAAUAUCACUAUCUGAUUAUUUUUUUUUUUGUAACGAUGCCAUAGUUAGCAUUCAAAGAAAUAAAGCACACAUAAAGUCAUUCAGGAAUGUUGGCAUGUGAACAUUUUUAGCAAACUUAAGGUCAUGUUGUAUUCCCUGUGUAUUUUCAUAAAUGUAGCUACCUGACAGUUGGGCUCAUGGAAGAUGGUCAUUAAAGGUUGCUACACAGACUUCUUCAAAAUAACAAGGACACUGCAUUGUUAGUUAAAAAAAAACAUCCUUGUCUAUACAAACAUAGAGAAUCGCAUAACUUAGCAUUGAUCAAAGUUUUGUUGUUUGGCUCUCUAUCGUUCUGUUUGCUGACAUCACUGAACCUUAAAGUUGGUGUCAUAUACUCACCAAAAGGGACAAUGGAUUUUAAUGGGAGCCAGGACUAUGGAUCCUAUCCAAUAGGGCUACCCUAUAACACAAGCAUGGACUAUGAGGAGGACUACUACCAAGAGCCUGACGCCAGCAAAAUCAUCAUCCCAUCCAUAUAUGCUCUGGUCUGCUGUGUAGGUCUUACUGGCAAUGCCAUGGUCAUCUAUGUUAUUCUGAAAUAUGCCAAAAUGAAAACAGCCACAAACAUUUACAUCCUCAACUUAGCUAUUGCUGAUGAGUUGUUCAUGUUGAGUGUUCCUUUUCUAGCCACUUCAGCAGCUGUUCGCCACUGGCCCUUUGGGUCACUGAUGUGUAGACUGGUGCUAAGUGUGGAUGGUAUCAAUAUGUUUACAUCCAUCUUCUGCUUAACUGUGCUGAGUAUUGACCGUUACGUAGCAGUGGUCCACCCAAUCAAGGCUGCCCGCUACCGCAGACCCACUGUGGCCAAAGUAGUCAAUGUAUGUGUCUGGGGGCUUUCACUCAUCGUCAUCUUGCCCAUCAUUAUCUUUGCAGACACCGUCCCUGCACAGGACGGUGGGAUGGACUGCAACUUCUUGUGGCCUGAAGCGGUGUGGUCAGAAGCAUUUGUGGUCUACACCUUUCUGUUGGGAUUCCUACUGCCAGUUGGAGCCAUCUGCUUAUGCUACUGUCUAAUGGUGGCCAGAAUGCGAGCAGUGGGGCUAAAAGCUGGGUGGCUUCAACGAAGGCGCUCCGAGAAGAAGAUCACCCGUAUGGUGCUGCUGGUCGUGGCAGUAUUUGUUGUUUGUUGGAUGCCUUUCUACAUUGUCCAGCUGGUCAGUGUUUUCCACCGGCCCCCAGAUCCCAUGGUCACUCAGCUUUUUGUCAUUCUAAGCUAUGCCAACAGUGGCGCCAAUCCUAUUCUGUACGGCUUUGUGUCAGACAAUUUCCGACGUUCAUUUCAGCGAAUUGUGUGUUUUCGGUGGCUGGAGUCUGGACUGGAUGCAGAGCAGGUGGAUUACUGUGCUGUAGCUUUGAAGAGACAAGCAACAUGUAAUCCUCUGGAUUUUCCAAAGGACUGUAUGGCUUCUGAUAUGGUGUUCCGCAAUGGGACAUAUACCUCCCGCACAACCACAGUCUAACAUUCAACCAGAAACUGGAAUAAAAAGGAGAAACUGCCAUCCUAAAGAACAAUUUCACAGCCUUGGAGUUGCACAGGGGAAACUGAUAAUGAACCUAUUUAUUUUUAAUUGACACACAUGAUUUAAAAAAAACCUCAACCAUGAGGUUUUGAUUAGAUUAUCAUUCUACUUAAUCUGCCCUGGAGAACACAAAUGUGCCAUCAGUAAAUUGACAUAAGAAUGUGUAAACCCCUGAUAUCAGAUGUCAUAAAAGAUUUUGGACCUUAAAAUCACAGGCCACACAACAGACAAACCCUGAGGAAAGCUAAUGGCUCAGUAGCAAAUGGAGAUUUGCAGCAGUUAGUCCUGUUUACUGCCAUAUUUGAAGAAAAAAUGAUACAUGUAUAUAACUUGUAAGGACCUCACCAGGCUUCAAAGCCUCAUGUGAAUGCAAGCACAAAAUGGAAAAUGUAAUUGCAUUAACAUUUUGAUUUUGAAGCACACUGAGGAGGCAGUGAGAUAUUCACAAAUGUGAGAUCUCAUGUUCAUUUAUUACAAUUUACUUGUUAAUUUAAAGAUAUUCUACAAUACAGUGUCCAGUGCCAACCCCAAAAUCCAUAUUUUCUGCAGUUCACAAUGUGUUUCAAGAGUUUAAAUUGAAAUGGAGAUUUAGAUAUUAUUACUACUUCAAGUUGCGGUUCUUGUUAAGUACUUUUGUUUCAGUGUUUGUCUCAUUGUGUUCUUGUGAAACCUUAAGAUAAUUUAGAUCUGUUUCCAGAUAUAUUUCUGUGUUGGUAAUUUAAAAAGUAGGGAAAUGCAGCCUUUAAAUUUGAACAUUAUUUAUCAUACAUGUUCAUUGCAAACUGAGAUGAGUACCGAUGUUUAUAAUUGUAACUGUGGGUUAGAUCAGACCAACCAAAAGCUUCAAUUUCUGUUGCACAGUACCCACAAAUCUGCAUAGUCACAUUCUUAUAACAGCAAAAUAAAUGAUUGUCAACCAUCUGCACAUAAGAUUUUUAUUGUAUGCCUCUAAUACAUUACAAACAAGAUUAUAUGUAUAUAUAUAUAUAUAU